GGGUGUUUUUCUGACGGAGUGCAGCUCUAUCGUUUUAACUAUUAGCCGCCAGAUUCAUCUGAGCGGUGAAUUGUAUACGGUACUGGGGUUUCCUUUGCAGAAAACUGCAGGGAGCUACACGAGAAUAACUUCUGUUAAUACCGAAGGGGAUUUCAAACAAGAUAAAUGGUUGGCAAUCUCUUCUCCGUAAGGCUGCUAAACCUGGUGGCGGUAAAUUUGAAAAAAAUGUCAUCACGUACGAAGGAUGGCGUCCUCCAAGACAAGCGUUUCAAGAUCAUGGCUAGAGGGCUUCCGAAGCAAAAGCAGAUUGAAGGAGUUAAGCAAGUGCUGCUUGUAGCUUCUGGUAAAGGGGGCGUAGGAAAGUCCACAACGGCUGUAAACGUAGCCCUUGCAUUGGCAACAAAUGAACCGACAAAAGCAGUUGGGUUGCUUGAUGCAGAUGUAUAUGGGCCGUCUAUACCAAAAAUGAUGAAUCUGAAAGGAAAUCCAGAAGUGACAUCAAAAAACCUAAUGAGACCUCUUGUGAACUAUGGAAUUGCAUGUAUGUCUAUGGGUUUCUUGGUGGAAGAGACUGCACCAAUUGUCUGGAGAGGACUCAUGGUAAUGUCAGCUAUAGAGAAAUUACUGAGACAGGUUGACUGGCAGCAACUGGAUUAUCUGGUAAUUGACAUGCCGCCAGGGACAGGAGAUAUUCAACUGUCAAUCUCACAGAAUAUUCCAGUUGCAGGGGCUGUAAUUGUGUCCACUCCACAGGAUAUAGCUUUAUUGGAUGCACAUAAAGGGGCUGAGAUGUUCAGAAAAAUGAAUGUGCCAGUAUUAGGCCUUAUACAGAACAUGAGUGUUUUUCAGUGUCCAAAAUGCAAACAUGAAACCCAUAUUUUUGGAGCUGAUGGUGUGAAGAAAUUAGCCAAGAAUAUUGGUAUAGAUGUUUUAGGUGACAUUCCACUACACGUUCACGUAAGAGAAACAUCUGAUGCUGGCAAACCUAUUGUCAUUUCACAGCCCCAGAGCAAUGUGGCUCAAGCCUAUUUGAAGAUUGCUGCUGAAAUAGUGAAAAGACUGUCAGUUCUUCCAAUUUAAAGCCAUCAUUUUGUAGAGCUGGGACUUGAAUUUUAUCACUGAGAUGUUACUUAAGAAAUAAUAACAUAUAACAUAUAUUUUAUGACUGUGUAUUAUGGAAAGUUUUGCAGUUACAUAUUUUAAUAUCCAUACUUAGUGCUUUUAAUUUCAGUCAGCUAUGGAUAGUCUUCCAGCAGUUAACAACAAAGAAUCUUUUGGUACUUUAAAAACUGAUAAACUCAUUAGGACAUAAGCUGUCAUGGAUUACAAUUCAUUUAAUCGGAUUCAUUGAGUAUAGUCUUGAGAAAGGAGUAUUAUAUAUACACUCAGCUAAGAUGGGUCUGGAAGAUUCUUGAUAGCUGUAGUUGUUAAAAUGAACACUUAAAGCAUUUGUUCAGUACCUUCUAACAUCAAGAUGAAGUAAAAACCUAACUAAUUUGUGGAACUCAAUAUCUUCCAUUUAUCUGUCAAGAAUCCUCUGUGAAAUGUGGAAGAUUUUUUUAGAGAGUGGUGUCCCAAGUUUAUCUGUAUUUACUACAGAAACUGACAAAUAUCAAAGGAUCAUCUAAUGUAGGGAACUAUUUGUUUCUGUCAAAUAUUUGGGGUUAAAAUGCAGACACUGGUUUGGAUCCAAACUAUGACCUCUGUGAACUAAAGGAGUCUUUCUAUCCGUGGGAGGUGUUAAACGCAGCAGUGAAUUUAAAUUGGCAGGAUUAAGAGGGCAACAAUCUUUGCCAAGUUCCCCUUUUCUUACGGCACGCCAAAAUCUGCUCCAGCAAGUUGUGAGACUUUCUGGAAGUGAUGCUGGGAACUUCAGAGCAAGGGUAUAGUCAGCCAAGAUUAUCCUACUUUUCCUUUCUGCUAGUAAAGAGUUGGGGAACCUUUGAUCCUCCAAGUAUUGUGGAACUGCAACUUGCAGCAUCACACAUCACACAUUGCUUCUGCUGGCUACAGCUGCUGGGAGUUCUAGUUCAGCAGCAUCUUGAGAGCUUAUCUGGGCUAGCAGAAUAAUUCUGCUCAGGGAAUGGUCACAGUUGAUCCAGUCUGUAUAAAGAUCUACUUUAGUACCGUUGAAAUUGAUAAGACAUCUUCACCAUGACUAACUUUUCCCACUGAUUUAAUCAAGACCUUGUGCCAGUCACUGUCUUUCAGUCCAACCUGUCUUACCGAGUUGUGGUGAGGAUAAAAUGAAGGGGGGACCCCAUGCUUUAAUCUCUCAUAUGAAUGGUUAAAUAUAAAUGCAGUAAAUUUAAAAUAAAUGAAAUAAUGGGACUAAAAUGAAAAUUGACAGUCUGGAUCCAACACAGUAGACACUUAAUUUGUUCUCCUGUGAAGAGUUAUUGUAAAAUUGCCAGAUAUUAUUUAUUUUUAGCUAUCAAGUAACAGGAAAUUUAAAGAACGAUCUUUUUACUUUUAUGCAUUAUCCUCUGUCAGUUGAUGCUUGAUAAAUCCUGUAUUGUAAUUGUCUUAGCAAAUUGUUUCAUUUUCUUAUAUCGAGCAUGAGUAAACUCAAAAUUCAGCAGCAAGCUCCUCAUUAAAGUAGAAGCAUCAGGUUGCUGAGGGAAGAAAUGGGUGAUAAAAAUUAAUUACUGAUCACUGAACAUAUUAUAGUUUCACAAGAGAGUAAUAGCCCCAAAUCUAUAAACAGAAGAUCUAAUUGCCAAUUUUUAUCCAACACACAUAGAUUUUUAAUAUAUAUAUAUUUCAUUAUUAUAUGCAUGUUGAUAAACAUAUACAUAUAUGCGCAUACAAAAGUUUUACUGACUGUGUUAAACCACCUCUUCUUAGUUCAGGUUACCACUUUUCUUUUUAUCUAUAAACUAACAGAGGAACACAUAAACUAAAGUACACAAAUACAUUGCUAAGAUCUUAGCAAUAAUUAUGGUUUGUAGAAGUUGGUUGGUACUUCCUUUUUAUUACUAUUUGUUUAAGACUUGGCUUAAUCUGUACUUUUAAAGUUUUGCAUUUGUGUUUUAUUGGUUUGGGACUGUAAAUUAAAUAACAAAUGAACAAAUAAAGUAAAAAGAUACCCAAAUAUACU